UCCCUGUCCCGGACCCCCCUGUGGUCCCUGUCCCGACCGACAUCCUGCCUUCCUGGAAGCGGGCAGACCUCGCCCUCCCCCCGCCGCUGGGUGUGGUCGGGCUGCGCUCAUGGACUCUGGACCUUGCGGCGGCGUCAGACUGCGAGCCGGGCCGCUCGUCCGCCCCGAGCCGCCGACCAGGAGCCGAGCAGGGCGCGGAAACCAGGGACUCCUGCGUUCCAAGUAACCACGGUGAAAGAGGUGGAAUCUGAGCAAGGCACCACUGCCUCCAAGGAGCCAGUGCACGGGGAGCUACCAGUCGCCGGAACUCAUCUGGUAGGAAUUCCAGAGGGUGAAGCUGAGUGGAGCAAAGGUUCUGAGAAAGGUAAAGUUCUAAACGAAGACACGAAGCAGGUUCCUGCAGGAACCAAGUAUCAGGUGGAAGAGGAGGCAACUGAUGAGUCUGGAUUGAAGGAAGAUAACAAAAUUGUCCUCUCCAGAGACCUACAGACACCUAGAGAAACGGAGGGUUGUCUGGAAGACAAGGCUCCUGUCCCAAUGCAGAAAGCUGAAAGAAAUGCCUUCAGUGUGGAGAAUGGGGCUUUGGUCAACAACGGUUCUAAUCCAAGUCUUGAAAAUGGAACCAAUUUGCUUUCUCUCAAUCUGAACCCCGUCACACAGAAUGGCUCAGUGCCUUCCUUUGCAGCCACUCCAUCUGAGAUCGACUGUGGUGGUGAUACCAAGAUUCAUGCAGAGAAGGUUGCUGUCAUUCAAUGCCAGGAUAUGGGCGAUCAGGACUCUCUGAUUAAUGGUGGAGCAGAUGGCGGGCAUUCUGCAGGGACAGAGAGCACACCAAGGGAGGCAAAGUUAACCACCAUAAAGAAAGAAGCCAACUUUGACCUUCGGAGAUAUGAUACAGAAAAAAAACCAACAAAACUUUUUUCAGAUGAUGAGGAAAGAAAAUACCAAACAGUAAUCAUUAAAGAAACAGCUGGUUGUGAAAAUCUUGAAAAAGAGAGAAAGGAGAUUAUUAAAAACCAAGCCAUGAAGAAAAGCACCACCACUGCAGAGCAGCAGCUUUCAACAAAGCCAUUACUUUUGGAAGAGAAAACAUCACUUGAAGAUUCCACUCAGCUCCAGAUGUCCACUGAAAAUGCCAAUUCGUUUUCUUUCUGUAAAAAAUCUCCCGUUUCACAACCUGAAAGCAUCAAUACCGAGCAAAUAAACUUUACUGCCGCUCGGCAACAGUUCCUCCAGAUGGAGAGGUCAAGGCAAGAAGUCCCAACUGUUCCAAGGCCCUCUGCUCAAUCCCACCCGGUCUUAAGCCAAUGUUCCACACCCUCUGGAUCAACCCAGCCACUUCACUGCAAGGAUGGUAUUGCCUUGGACACCAGUCCGGCAAUCGUGGUGAAAGCUGUUCGAGUUGAUUCCGUCCACGGUGGUGAGCAUUCUCCUAAAAGUCCUGUGAGCAAUAGUUUGUUCACUGCUGAGAAGGUUGCAAGUCUGGAAAACAAUGGUGGUGAACAAAUUGGUUCCAUGCAGCAAAAUCUGCCUGUCCACUCCUCAACAGAUGACCUUGAUUCUGGAUUGGGAGAGAUGACCAAUGAUUAUGGCUAUGGCUACACAAGUGACGGUGGGGCAUCAAAUGAAAUGCUGAACUUGGGAACUGAUAACAGUUGUGCUUUUGAGUGUUCCGAGCAGAAACCCAUGCCUGAAACACCCAUUGAGAAAGAAAUCCGAUUAGCCUUGGAAAGGGAAGAGGUUCUUCGCAAAGAACGAGGGAUUAGGAAGUCGGUAAACUCUGAGGAAAUGGUGCAAAUCAAGACCAAGCCACUGUUAUCCCAAGUACCCCCCACAUCUCCUUUCUCAAAACAUAAGGACAAGAACCGCAUGGUCUUUUUUGUCCAGAGAGAAAUUGAAAUGGACUCCAAGAGGGAAGAGAAGUUGAAGGAAGAAGGUAAAGUCAAAGGCUUGUACGAUAAAGGAAUACCUCAAGAGGUAGAAGAACGGAAGAAGGUAUUUGAACAGCAAACAGAUGAUGUACCAGUUAUACCACAGCUCGGCUGGCAGUCUAAGUUAGUCAGCUCGGCUUCACAGGAAUCUUUGGAUGUGAAUGCUGUUCCAGAAGAAAGCAACACAAUCCAAGCUGACUCAACAGAAUGUAAAGAAUUGGCACAAGAGAGUUCAGAGAACCAGCCGUUCACCCUGAGAAUGUGGAAGAACCAGACCAACUUCCUGAUUGAGCAGGAAAUUGAGGAAGAGCAACGCCGGGAAGAGGAACUGCGGGCCCGGAGACUGAAGGAGCAGCCUGCGGGGAGCCUUCCUUCCACACCAGCCCCCACAUCAGAGUCCCAAAGUCCCCUGGUGCAUCCUGAGUCGACUUCAAGAGCUGGAGCUUUGAAUGGUGAUCAACCAAAAGAUCUUCCAGUGACACACAGCCAGGGAGGAAGGAAAGUGAAACCUUCAGGAAAAAAGGAUGAAUCUUCAUAUGCUGGUAUCGAGCCUUCCGAUGACAUCAACACUGAGGUAGUCGAAUCCACCAGAGUCACUCGCCGUAAAAGUGCAAUGGCCCAGCGCUGGGAAGCAGGGAUAUUCAGCAAUCAUCAGGAUGAAUGAAGCCAGCCUGCAGCCAAUUAUAUAACUGUAUAUAUAUACUGAUGGUGAAAUUCUGGAAAGCACUGCCUAUUGAAUAGAAAUGAAGUUCUUUGUAGCACUCUGGAUUGAUUUCUUUAUCUGAGUAACUCUAUGACCUGCAAACCUCAAGAACAAGGUCCCCAAAGUCCAAGGUCUAAGCUUCUUGCUCCAAUUUGCCAAUCCUGUCUAACUCCCUACUUUUUGAUCUGUCAAUCACUAUCUCACCCAAUUCCCAGUCUGGAUAUUAAUAUAGACUAUUCUCUAUCAAACACACAACUAAGUCACAGAGAAUCCUUUCCUCUGAUCUCCAUAUUCAGGCCCAAUAUCAUGUUCUUCUUUUACUAACAGUGCCUUGUUAGGUAGAUGUGACGUGUUGCCGUGAAGGUAAUAGUGUUCGCAGCCAGAUUUCCAUCCAGUUCCCUCCACAUCGCCAGACCUCUCAGCAGCUUAUCUUUGGUAAAUUUACAUGAAACCCUGAUUUUCUUGAAAGGAACUAUGAAUAAAAACCUCUGCAUUUUGUUUCCAUAGAUAUCAAUCAACCAUUUGCAAGAAAGCAAAUUUAUGCUUGUAUGCCAUUAUUUAAACUACAUGAAUAAACUAGCAUUUGGA